CAGCGGCGGCGGCCGGGAGCGGACGGAGGCUCAAAGGUGGAUCCCAGAGCCCGCGGCUCGAGAGUGGGGUCGAGGAGCCGCCGCGUCGGAGACACCCGUGCGGGCGGGCGGAGUAGGGAGGGGCUCGGACCCCUUGGGUGCGUCUCCCCCCCCCGCCCCCCGCACCGGGGGGGCCGCGUGAGGCGGGGGGACCAUGGCAGAGAUCAGUGACCUGGACCGGCAGAUCGAGCAGCUGCGCCGCUGCGAGCUCAUCAAGGAGAGCGAGGUCAAAGCUCUGUGCGCCAAGGCCAGAGAGAUCUUGGUGGAGGAGAGCAAUGUACAGAGGGUGGAUUCCCCCGUCACGGUGUGUGGGGACAUCCACGGACAAUUCUAUGAUCUCAAGGAGCUGUUCAGAGUGGGUGGCGAUGUCCCUGAGACCAACUACCUCUUCAUGGGGGACUUUGUGGACAGAGGCUUCUACAGCGUUGAAACAUUCCUGCUGCUGCUUGCCCUCAAGGUCCGGUAUCCUGACCGCAUCACUCUGAUUCGAGGGAACCAUGAGAGCAGGCAGAUCACACAGGUUUAUGGUUUCUAUGAUGAGUGUUUGCGAAAGUAUGGCUCAGUGACUGUGUGGCGCUACUGCACUGAGAUCUUUGACUACCUCAGCCUGUCCGCCAUCAUCGAUGGCAAGAUCUUCUGCGUGCAUGGGGGCCUGUCUCCCUCUAUCCAGACCUUGGACCAGAUCCGGACAAUUGACCGGAAGCAGGAGGUGCCUCAUGAUGGGCCCAUGUGUGACUUGCUCUGGUCUGACCCUGAAGACACGACGGGCUGGGGGGUGAGUCCCCGAGGAGCUGGCUACCUGUUUGGCAGUGAUGUGGUGGCCCAAUUCAAUGCCGCCAAUGACAUUGACAUGAUAUGCCGGGCUCACCAGCUGGUGAUGGAAGGCUACAAGUGGCACUUCAACGAAACUGUGCUCACCGUGUGGUCAGCGCCCAACUACUGCUAUCGCUGCGGAAAUGUGGCAGCCAUCUUGGAGCUGGAUGAGCACCUCCAGAAAGACUUCAUCAUCUUUGAAGCUGCACCCCAGGAAACCCGGGGCAUCCCUUCCAAGAAGCCAGUGGCUGACUACUUCCUGUGACCCUACCCAAGCCCCUCCCACACCCCCGUCCUUCACU